AUGCGCCGAACAGCACACCUAGCGAAACAUCACGUCCAACACACCCCAACUAUUCCAAAUAGGACAAGGACCUACUCUACAGCACAUUUCUACCAGAACCGACAACUUGAGCUGUAUGCAUCCAAAGAAGCGCGUCGGCUCAGUCUGCGGCAACUCGUCUUUUAUGGACGCUCUAUGACCGAGGAGAGACUCAUUCAAAGCGCAAACUAUGUACGGUCUGAGCUGCCGGUUCGAAUAGCCCAUCGCAUUCGAGACUUGCAAGCACUCCCAUAUGUUGUUGUCACCCAGGAAGGAGUCAAUAAGGUCUAUGAGCUAUAUUGGCAAGCGUUCGAGAAGUAUCGCCGCUUCCCGGAGAUUAAGACCCUCGAAGACAACGAGAAAUUCUGCGAAUUCACCCGUGCAUUGCUGGACACCCAUCGAGCCGUAAUUCCCAGUCUAUCUCUCGGCCUCUCGUUGUCUUCCCCCCACCUUCCCCCGGAUCAACUCGACGCAUUCAUGCGACGAAUGCUGGUGUCCCGCAUGUCGCGCCGCGUGUUGGCACACCACCAUAUCGCGCUGUCGGAUGCCUAUAACGGGAGGGACACCGAUGAUGCUGGCGAAAGCCAUGUCGGCGUCAUCUACACUGGACUCAGUCUGGGAAAGAGUGUUCGCAAGGUCGCCAGCAUUCUUCGUGAAGCUGAAGGCUCGCAAAUGGUUUGGCCGGAGGUGCUCUUGGAGGGACAUCUGGACGCGAAAUUCAGUUAUAUCAAGGAACACCUGGAGUAUAUCAUCUUUGAGCUCCUUAAGAAUGCGAUGCAAGCUACAGUUGCUCGACAUAGCGGUAGCUCGAGCCUGCCUCCCAUACUUGUGACCGUAGUUGCCGGCGCCGACGACAUCAGUAUGCGCAUAUCAGAUCAGGGUGGCGGCUUGAUGGACCCUCAUAUCAGUUCUCCAGCCGACCUAUUCUCCUUCUCGCAUGUGCGUAAUGCGACACGUCUCGAGAACGAGCGUCUCGGCUACCUACGUACAGCAAGCGCCAGCCCGUCCGGAAUGGUCGCUACCGUAGAGGAGGUCGUUGACCGAUGGCAGAAGGAUGUCCGGUCACGCAGUGAUCCAGAAUUGGAUGCUGGCGUCGGACAUCAUCCCAGGUUGGGCAUUGGGCUGCCGAUGAGCAACAUAUUUGCGAGUUACUUCGGCGGUUCCCUUGAACUAUUAUCCAUGAACGGAUGGGGCACGGACGUUUAUCUACGCUUGCCGAAACUGGGGACGAACCUUGAAGGCAUUGAGUUCUGA